CCAGGAUCCAGCAUGGAGAACUCACGGUCCAGCAGAGCCUGCACGUCGUGUCGAGACCGCAAGCGGAAAUGCAACGGCGAGCUUCCAUGCUCGUACUGCACCCGUACGAACCAUGAAUGCUUUUAUCAACAGAGACGUCGUGCGAAACCCCCUUCCCGGAACCGCCUAGCAGGAGAUCCCAGCGACAAAGAUGGUCAUGCGCCUUCUUCGGUCGACAGACAAACGCAGCUCCAACUGCUGGAGGCGAACUCACCCGCAGUCUUUGUUCAGCGGUUAGCAGCAAGGGGGGAGAGUGAAACUUCCGACCCGGCCUUGCCAUUACAUCCCUACGCCUAUAAUCUUGGGUUUGACCCCGAGCUGGAAUUUCUACCGAAUGUGGUGGGGCUGACGGACCUUUUGACCCUUGGAAAGAUGACCAGUCUUGCCUCUAGCUACUUCGUUCAGAUAACCCCUGUCUACGACUUUCUCGAUCGUGCUGAAGUGGAGGAGGCUAUCGUAGAACGUUGGAAUGUCCCGGUGUCAUGCAGUGCUGUCGAUUCGCUCCUCCUGGGCAUUGCCGCGCUGGGUUGUCUGUUCGAUAAUGAUCGUCAGACCAAAGGCUCAGAGCUCGAGCGGCAACUAGUUUAUAGCGCACGGGUGACUCUCGAAUACUCCAGCCAGCUUCCACAACCUCAUGUCGACCAUGUGGUUGGAUGGCUGCUCCGUGUCAUCUAUCUGCGCUUCAACAGUACACCGCAUGCGACUUGGAUGGCCAGUUGCACGCUGAUGCACAUGAUCGAGACCAGCAAGAUGCACUUCGACACGGAUACGAACUCAUACCUGGCCCAGCAGACUACUGCAGAAGGCUGCUCUUCGGAACGCCGGCGCAAGGUCUACCACGUCGCCCGCCUUUUCAACACCUGGGUUUCGCUGGACUUCGGAAAGUCUCAGGUAGACUUGCGGGGCGCCUCCGUCCGACUGCCGCACACCGGUUGGACGAUCGAACAGCGCGAGUUAUACCUUGUGUCGAUGCUGCUCACCUCGCCCGAGCACUACCACGACUUGAGUGAGCUGGAGGGCGCACUGCGCGAUGUGUGCGCGAUGUACCCGCCUCAUCCCAUGCUUCAGCUCCUGCAAUGCAACAUUACACUCUGUAUCUUCCGUCGCGCAUCUGCACUGGGAAGAUCACUAUCCGCGUGGGCCCUGGACACCAUCCUGGAAUUGAUGGGUACCAGCAUCCGUGUAGUCGAGAGCCUGGUCGCCCAGUCCUCGCCGUGGUGGCAUGUUUUGAACAUUCCUUUUCAAAUUUCCUGCACCCUGAUUGUGAUAGACCGCCCGCAAGCUCUCAAUAUAUUGGAAGAUGCUUUGAAGAUUCUUCGCAUGGUAGCGUCACACUACCAGACACAGAUGGCAAGGGAGGCGUACGAGGUAGCUUUGUCUCUUGUCCAGCAGCAACGAGACCGACGGGCCAUGGGACUCUCCGUCUUAGACAAAGUCUUACAAGUACAUGCCCAUCGGUAG